UGAUAAGGUACAUUUUUCCACAGUCAAAUUGCGGUCACACUCGUUAUUGUGGGCGAAAAAAGUUGUCUAUUUGCUCCGCAAUUACGGCGUUAUCAAUCAAAAGUGCAACAAUUCGCGAGUGCCGACAGGUGAAGGGCCACGAAAAGCAGCGCGUAACGGCACAACCGCUAAUCAGGCAGCCGCAGCGAGUGCGAAACAAAGUGCGCCCUCGGUAACACUGACCGGAGCGGAACAGGGAACAGGAGACUUCUUUUAUCGCCGCUGGGCUGAAAGCAACAAUUGAACGAACGCACGCACCUCGGCGGAAAGAGCGAGCGAGAGAGGGCGAGCGAGGGAGAGGCACAAACACCGACACUCACACACACUCCACAUCAACACGAGCACACACACCCCCGUACACGGCACAAAGGUUAUCAACAGCAACAACAAGAGCAACAAACUUACUUUAAAUAUAUAUAUAAAAUUAAAUAACAAAAAAGAAAAGAACCAGAACAAGGAGAAAAAACGUUCUAAAAGAACCACGAAACUGCAACCGAAAAGCAAUCGCCGAACAACGCCUAAACUAGUGAUUUUUUGGAGAGAGUGUAGAGAGGAGAUAAGGAGAAACAAAUUCUGCACAACAACACAACACAACGGCAACAACAACAAAAACUCGCGGGGACUUGUGACUUUGUGAGGAGAGAAACCCACCUGAAAAAACCUACCUGCAUUUUGGGCUAUUAACCAUUAAAAGAUAGAAAAGAGAAACCAUGCGUGAGUACAAAAUCGUGGUGCUGGGCAGCGGCGGUGUCGGCAAAUCGGCGCUAACGGUCCAGUUUGUCCAAUGCAUCUUCGUGGAGAAGUACGAUCCGACCAUCGAGGACAGCUACCGGAAGCAGGUGGAGGUGGACGGCCAGCAGUGCAUGCUGGAGAUUCUGGAUACGGCGGGCACGGAGCAGUUUACCGCCAUGCGGGAUCUCUACAUGAAGAACGGCCAGGGCUUCGUUCUGGUCUACUCCAUAACGGCGCAAUCGACGUUCAACGAUCUGCAGGACUUGCGGGAGCAGAUACUGCGCGUCAAGGAUACGGACGAUGUGCCGAUGGUGCUGGUGGGCAACAAGUGCGAUCUGGAGGAGGAGCGCGUCGUCGGUAAGGAGCUGGGUAAGAGCCUGGCCACCCAAUUCAACUGCGCCUUCAUGGAGACGUCAGCCAAAGCCAAAGUGAAUGUGAACGAUAUUUUCUACGACCUGGUCAGGCAGAUUAACAAGAAGUCGCCCGAGAAGAAACAGAAGAAACCGAAAAAGUCCCUAUGUGUUCUGCUAUAAGACUUCCAAAAACAAAAACAAAAGAAAACUAAAAACAUAAAACAGAAAACCGAAAACCGAAACGGAGCAGAUUUUAGAAGGGGGAGAAAUUUAAGAGUAAAGUUAAAAAAAAAGAGAUUUUUGAUUUUUUUUCGUUUCCGUUUCUUGUUUCGUUUCGAUACGUUUUUGAACCGAAUAACCCAAAUCUAAUAUACAAAACAAGAAAAAGCUAAAAACUACAACUAAAACUAAAAGCUGACAAUGUUUUCUAACUGUUUCAACAAGUUUUUUGUAAUUAUUACCAUUUACUACUUAUUAUUAUUAAUAUUAUGAUUGUACUAUUUUUUCUCUGAUGAUUAACCAUUAAUGCCUGCAUACAUAUAUAUGGGGAAUUAUUAUGAUAUAUACUAUACAUAUUUAAAUAUAUUUGUCGUUCGUUUUUGAGCCGUUUUUAAAUUAUGAUGCAUCAAGUGAAACAACAUUCGUCAACUAAAAACAUUCGUAUUUAUUGAUUCUUCUUUUCGAUUAUAUAUACACUCUCUAUACACACGCCCUAUACAAAACUUACUAUAAUACUAAACACGAAGCCCCAACAAAUAAUAUAUCUUUAAAUAGACCGCAAAACACACAAAACAAAAUCAAAUUAAGCUAAAAACCUAAAUUGUAUUGUGAAAAAAAGAAAACAAGAGGAAAUUCCACAAGAAAGCUAAAAUAAAAUCGAGAAUCGAGAAAGGAAAUCAUGAAUGAGGAACAUAUUUUAUAAAAAUAUUGUAUGCAAAUGAUGUCAAAAUGUUGCAAACAAACCAGAAGUAAUGAUGAGCCCAUUUAGUAAUUAGUUUAAAACAAAUUUACAAGUAAUUGUUUAAAAUAACACACACACGAUCAAUUGACAGCACACUCACACACACCCACAUACAAGCCACAUCUCACACACACACACAUACCCAUUAACACUUACACUCCGGCGUGCUCUCAGAGAGAGCGAAAAAUGCAAAAGGCGGAAACGGAAAUUAGAGAGACGGAAGAGCGGCGAAAGAGAGUAGGAACGCAAUUGCAACUUCCGGUUCCGAGUUAAAAAAUCAACAACAGACAGCCACAAAUUCUAGUAUAUUUAUACAUAAGAAAGAAAAAACUGUCGCGUCAAUCCCAAAAAAGUAAAAAAAGAAAAAAUCGAAGUAAAUUUACAAGAAAAGAAAAAUAUUUCAUAAAUAAACAUUGCAUAUAAACUUCGCGUACGAGUAGUAACCAAUAUGCCCUUAAAUCAAAGUCUAAACACAGCCAACAACCAACAACCAUUAAAAACUAAAUAAAGAUUAAAACCUAAGCCCAAGCGUAUAUAUUAAAAAUAUAUGAUAAAGAAAUACAAAUCAUUUUUGAACAUAAUAAAUAAAACAAAAAACCGUUACAAUAACAUAAUAAUGUAAUAAUAUGAGCGUGUGAAAAAUGUAAUUGAAAAACCAUUUUUUCGAACUUGUUUGACCCAUUUGCCGCUUCCUCAGGAUCUUCUUCGAAGAAGGAUACGAAUAUCAGAGCAUCCUUUUUUUUGGGGCUUAUCCUGAAGAUGCAGUAAAGUAGGUAAAUCCGGUUCGAACAUCUUUUAAUUAUUAAUAAAUGUAUUAUGUUUAUAAAAAAUUAAAAAGGAAAUGCAAAAACAAAAUAAAAAUUAAAUAAAUUCA